AUGACGCCUACAAUUGCAAACACUACAAUUUCAAGGCCAGUUUGGAAUUGGAAUUCUCCAUUGCCUUACCUUUUUGGUGGAUUGGCCAUAUUGGUGUUACUUAUCUCUGUAGCAUUAAUCAUGCUGGCCUGUUCGUUUCGAAAACCGGCAUCGAACGAUGAUGAAGAAAAGCCGAAGCAGAAGCCGGAAAGCGUCAAGACUGAUAUGGGGCCGAAGUUUGUAGCAAUAUUGGCCGGAGAAGAAAAUCCCACACACCUCGCAAUUCCCAUCCCUACUUCUUUGCCAAGCUCUGUUCAACAAGUCUGA